AUGUCAGCGACAACAACCGGAAACAUCCUAAAGCGCGUAUGGUACACCUUCAAGUCCUACCGUCUACCCUGGCGCAGGCAGACAUUCAUCGGCAUGGACCUCGACGGAAACACAUACUGGGAAAUGAACGACACGCUCAACCGCGGGCGUCCCCGACGCAUGGUAAAAUACAAAGACUACCAGCGGGACUACGUCGACUACAAACUAACCCCCCAAUGGCAUCAAUGGCUGCGAGCAACCCGCACCGACCCGCCCACAAUCGCCGAGCUCGAGGGCGACAUCGUACGCAUCCAGCGGCUGAAAGUCAAUGCCGCACUUGCUGACGCCCGCUGGGCAGCAAAGCCCUCAUUACUCAAUGUUGGCCCACACCCGCCGGCGGACAGCGUGCUGGAGAGUAAUACGAAGUUUGCGGGCGACAGUGGGAUGAUGAAGGAUCAGACGCAGGGGCGGGGCGAGGUGGGCUCGGAUCUAGGUGGGAAGAACAUGGAGAGGAAGACUGUCGAGGGUGAGAGUACGGCUGGGAGGGCGCAUGGGAGUGGUGUUCAGGGCGGAGAUGAAGGGAAGGGUGGGGUGGUGAAGGAGAGGGAUCCGUGGAAAAAUGCGGAUAAUAGAACGGGGGGGUUUAUGCCUGGGGAAUGGAUCCCGAAUAGGAUUCGCAGGUAG